CUCUAUCUUUCCAUGGCGUCGGUGUUUCAGCUGUCCAUCCCAUGUGUUGAGGCCACCCUCCACGCAUGGACCAACGACAUCUCCUCGUCCGUCCCCUCGUUCGUCCCACGCUGCGCCCUCACCGGCUCCAUCCCCUCCCGGCCCUGCAUGACACGCAACAACACCUAUGACGCCCCAGCCAUCGAAGACUACAUUAACACAUGUGUAAGCAGCUGUUCCCUCCGCACACAUGGCACGGAAGAAAUGGAGGCUCGGAAUGGCUGUGUGGGGGGUGAUGCAGGGCAGCUCGCCCAUGACGUCCAUGCCCCUCAAACUGAGCGACCUUCGUCCCGACCACACGGCUCGUCGGGUCAUCCAGUGCUGGGCGGUGGAGGAAAUGGGCAAGCAGGGCAUCGCCACUUCAUACGCACCACCCGGCUUCCCCAACGUGGCGGGGCCGUGGCAGCCGUCCAGGGACCAUGGCAGCGAGGCCGUGGUCUCGCCUGCGGUGCGUCGGCGUCUGAUGGGGGAUGAGUGGGUGUCGCCGGAGCCGUAUGGGUAUCCGGCUGAGUUUGGGGGUAAGGGGGGUAAGGGCGGGGAGGGGCUGCUGGGACCGGUGCCGACAAGGGGGCUGACGGGAGAUGGGGCUGGGCUGCUGGGACCUGCGCCGGCCAAAGACACAAAGGAGGACGGCAAGGCAGGUACGCAGGCGGUCGGAUGGAUGGAUGGAUGGAUGGAUGGAAGGACGGUUGGUGUGGAUGUGCGUCGUUUGUUGUCUGUACAUUGGUGUGUGUGGUCAGGUGUAAGUGUUGGUGAUGGUUUCUCUCCUGCCGCUGAAGAACUACACGGCAUGCACCACAACCACAAUAGUUUCAAUAAGGGUACAUGUGCCCAUACAUGUGAUCCCCUUUGGCCUGCGUUGCGUUGCAUCCACCACCCGUCACCUUUCAGGUCGUUCCAUCCGCCAGGGCCGACACAAGGGCGCCACCCUCGCCGCCAAGCACCCCAUGUACCAACACCAGCAGCACAAGCACAACACCCACAUCCAGGACGCCAAUCGCAGUGCACCAGCGGCACCGCCAUUCGGCAGUCUGUUCGGUGGGGGAGGCAAGGAGAGUAAGGCUGCUGGUGCUGGCGGUGGUGGGGGUGGCAUCUUCGGGUCGGCGGCUGGUGGGUCUGGUAGCGGGUGCUCGAGCGCUGGUGUGGGGAGCAGCAUCAGCAGCAUAUUCGGAGAGGGUGAGCUGGAUACCGAUUCAUUCAUGUGACCUGUGAUGGCUCUCAUCAAUGUGUGUGCGUUGUGUGUUCGUGUCUGCCUGCCGUCGAUUAGGUGUGUCGUUGUCAUCCAUCGCUGUGCCGACUGUAUUUCGCUUCACGGGCGCCGACACACAGGGGGGGAGUGGUGCAGCGCUGAAUGGCAUGCAGAACGGCACCACAUAGCUGUCGGCAUGAGUAUCGACACUUGGUAUUGUGCAUGCGCUCGCGUGAUGGCUGGGGGGAGAAGUGUGUGCCG